UCAGUAAUCCUAUUUAAAUUGAUCAAACAAUGGACAUCUUCCAUAUAACACAAACAACAAAAUUAAUUUCGAAGGCCGCGCCAAUCGGAAUUCACCCAUCAGAUUUUUGUUGUGGAUAUACAUAAGUAUUAAUUAAGCAGUUUAAAAUGCUAAUUCGACAUUGCAUGAUGGCCUUAAGGGCCGCCAGGUCCCCGAAUCUAGUGAAUACUACCAGGAGUCCCCAUAACAUGUUCCUGCAGCGUUUCUACAGCAGCCAAGCACCUGCCAUUGGAAUCGUGGACUACGACGUGGUCAAGAAGCUGCCCAGCGAGCCGCAGAAGCUCCUCAUUGAUGUCCGGGAGCCUGAAGAGCUAAAAGAGACCGGACAAAUCCCCGCCAGCAUCAAUAUUCCGCUGGGAGUGGUUAGCCAGGAACUGACCGCCAGUGAUCAGCUCUUCAAGUCCAAAUACGGUAGAGAGAAGCCACAGCCGGAUACGGAGAUUAUAUUCCAUUGCAAGAUCGGCAAGAGAAGCCUUAAGGCCGCAGAAGCCGCCACCGCCCUGGGCUUCAGAAACGUAAAGAACUACGAGGGAUCCUGGCUAGAUUGGGCCAAAAGGGAGGGUCUUCCCAAGUAAUGCCACAUUCUUAAACGGAAAAAUUUAAUUUUAUUUGCAAAGAUCUAAGAUCUAAGUAAAGUAAACAAAGGCAGAUCAUA